UAUGAUCGUGUUAUUUAGUAUUUCAGCGUUUGUGAAGGUGGUUCGAUACGGUGGCGUGAUUGAAACAUAAAGAAAGAUCAUAUAGAAGCUUGUGUUUUCUCAGGAAGAUUGUGAGGAAGUGUGUAGAGAGAAUGAGGGAUAUUCGUAAGACAUUAUCAGCAAGCAUUGAACACUUGCAUGAUUUGAUGUUUGAUCGAGACGAGACGGACAGUAUUCCAACUGGAGCGAACUAUACUGGAGUCAUCUACAGGGAAGGAUAUCUCUUUAAACAGAGUCGGUCGAUGAGAAAGUACUGGAAAACGAGAUAUUUUGUGCUACGAAACGAUGGAUUGUUGUAUUUUCGAAGUAUUUUAGAUAAGGAUGGAGCUCCCCUAGGGGUGAUUCCUCUCACGAGACUCUCCGUUCAUAUCGAUAAUAUUGACACAAAAAGCAAACCAAAGUAUUGUCUGCGUAUGGCUAGCAGACAUUUCUAUUUUAAAACAUUUUGUUUGUGUUGUUUUUCCAACGACGAACGUAAUAACUGGUUAACUGCGCUGCUAACGGCGAUCUCAGAAGACUUAGUGUCCAGUUUCACACUCAGCAAGUACAGAGAGGAGAGAAGUCUGUCAGUUUCGAGUACGGAUAGUGGUGUCUCUGAAGGUACGGCAUCUCCUAGCGUGUCACCCGUGGCUACAAUGAACAAUGAUACACCUCGUAGCAUGGCUAGAACAGAGUCGUGCGACAUCGCUUCUUUGUUUCAUGUGACAGACGGCGAAACACAGAAUAGACUCUCAAACCGUCGUCCUUCGCGCAGCCUGGGUAGCCUAGCUGAGCUCAGGCAACUAGACAGCACAGAUAGUCCACGAACACUUCCGAAAAAGGUGAAGAAAUCACAAGGACGAUUUCGUAAACUCAAAGCCUUGUCUUCGUUUGAAUUCAAAGGCUGGCGUGAUAGUUAUAUUGAUUUAUCCUGUAUUGGCAAUUCCUAACUAACUUUUCAUUAUACUCGCCUUUGGAUACGCUCAGUGAUUGCCGUUACUAUGGAUGGCGUGUACGAUUGUCUGUUGCCAAGGCGUUAGGAGACUAUUUAUUAUGCUAUAUUGAAUGAAUUGUAUCUUUAUGAUGACUAAGAUUAUUGUGUAAACCUUAAUUUUGAGAUAUAGCUCUUAUGCCUGGCUUUUAGGUUCAGAUUGAAAUAUGAUAUUGGCAUAUGUACAUGAGAAACCUUAUAUAGAACCGUACACUGGUACAAGAUAAAUAAUAUAUUUCCUGUUAAAUUAUUAGAUUUAUAUCAUGUAAAAAUACGAAGAAGGCGCGACAUGCUGAAAUGCAUUAGUUACGUGUUCUUUAUCACAACUAAGUUAUU